GACGCCCAUUGAUUGAAGGCUGAUCAAACUGAAAACAUGUUUGCUUCUAUAAAAAAACACUUGUCGUGGGUCGACUGGACCCCCUCGGACAUGGAGGCCGACUGUGGCGUGGUCUAUCACCUGCGGGACUUGAACGCCGACCUCGUCAACGAGUGGGAGGUCAUGUUUGAACCCUAUGCUGCCACGGUCAAGCCGUCGGUAGGUGACGUGUUUCUAGACGCCCCCGCAGCAGAUGCCAUUGUGUGCCCAGCCAACAGCUUUGGUUUCAUGGGAAAUGGCAGCGUUGAUGCAGCACUCCUCUCACAUUUUGGGGAAUCCUUGCAGGAGCAGGUGCUUGAAGAAAUACAAGAGAAACACCACGGAGAAUUGCUUGUUGGCCAGGCUAUGAUCGUGUCUGACAUCCACUGUGUCCAACCCGACAGAGAGCGGUACAACCAGGGCGCGCCCAUCCAGCACGUCAUUAUGGCGCCCACCAUGCGGGUCCCCGUUGACGUUUCCUACACACCCAACGCCUACCUGGCCUUCCGUGCGGCUAUAUUGGCGAUAAGAAACCACAACGAAAAUAGCGCCGAUCAAAUAGAGUCUGUGAUAGUUCCUGGGCUAGCCACAUGGGGAGGUCUCAUGCCAACAAGACGAUGUGCUUACCAAAUGCUGCAAGCUUAUGAGAGCUUUGUGUUGGGUAAAUCCAAAUUCCGUUCUAGUCCCCACAACAAAUCUGAGAUGAUCGAUGACCACUUUCACAUGUGCCAGGUCUCCAGGCCCGGAAUAUUUCAGCCCUAGAGUACAAGAGGACGCAUUGACGUGCUUCUAGUGAGACCUGAAAUACCUUAAUGAUGUAGGCUACCCGAAGCUAGGAAGAAAACAAAUACCGACACGUUUUCCCCCCUAUCAAUUUUAUUGGAGGAAGGAGCAAUUUUUAAGGAUAUUUUAGUCUGAUUACAAGAACACAUGUAAAAAUAUGUUUAAAUAAAAAAA